AUCACAAUUGGAAUGUGCACUUGAUGUUGCUAUGAGACAGUAUACCAACACAGCACUGAGAGUCUGAACACAAGAUACAAAUAACAUACACAAGGCACACACCAGACACAAACAACAUAGAUACAAUAUACGAACAAAAUACAAACAGGGUACACACGAGAUACACACAACACAAAGACGAUGCACCACUACAGUGAGGUAGGAGAAGCCAGGUGUCCGGAGGGAAUACUCCUGAAGGCCCGCUGGUUAAAAAAUCAUGGUGGUGAACGUGAGGAGAUAACAUUCAGAAGACCUGAUGAGGACUAUAUUAAGACAGCUGAUAUCCAUCAGCUGUACCAAAACAGCAUUGUUAGGGACCUGAACAGCAAAGUCCUUAACAGGAUCCACUGUGACAUAGAAAAUAACCGGAUGAUUGAAAAUAAGAAAAUAGAAAAGGAAAGGGCCAAACAUGAAAAUAUGAAGCAUGAACAAAUGAUGUGGCUGAAAAAUGAAGAAGCUCAGAUGAGAGAGCAACAGGAGUUUCUGAGCAAAAGACUCCAAGCCCAGUCUGUAGCUCAAGCUCAGCGUAGACAAAUUUCAGAAAAGGAGCUUGAAAAGAGAAGACAGCAGCACCAGAAGCUGAAGGAGCAGGCAAUGCUCAAUGAGAGGAUUGCGCAAGAAGCCCGGGAGCGCAGUCGUCAGGCAGAAGAACUAGCCAAGUCGAAGAAAAGGGAACUGAGAGCUCGCACAGAAGAGAUUUUUGAAAAAAGACUGGACCGUGAGAGAGAGGCCCAAUUAGUGCCGCUAGAGGAGCAGAGAACCGAGCUUGCUCGUCUUGAACUGGAAGAGAAGAGGCGCCAAAGGAAGACUGAGCAGGCCGAGAAGUUCAGACAGCUCCAGAUACCCAAACAAAUAGUUUCAGACAAACUGGCAGCCUUUAAAGAUGAGCAGGCUAUUAACGUGUCUCUGAGAGAAAGGCAGAGACUAGAAAGGGAUGUGGCUUUAAUUGAGGCUGAACGUGAAAAGCAGCCUGCAAUCGAUGCAGAGAGGAAAGCUCAAGUACUUGAGUCCAUUGCUGCCCACAGACAAAGUGCGAUGUGGGAGACGGAGACCAAGGAAAGAGAAGAGCAUCAGAGGGCUGUGGAGGAACGGAAGGCUCAAAUUGCGGAGCACCGGCUUUUCUUGGAGCAUCAGAGGUUGAGGGCUCAAGAAAUCAAAGAAAAAAACAUCCAGCUGAUACAGGACAAUGAAAUGAUGGCGGCUGAAAAACGUGCUCGCCUUGAGCAGCAAAGAAAGGAAGAGCAUGAUGCUGCUGUGAGGAAGGCCGAGGAGGUACAACGGAGGGACGAAAGACUCCAGCAACAUGUUGCUGGGGAACUUCAGAAGGCCACAGAGGUGCUUCACCAACACCGUGGCAGGGUCAUCCUGAGGCCCACCCACAAGCUCCCACCCGUGCACCUCCAGCCCCGUCCUCCCACACGUGUCCCCGCAGUGAGCCCCAUCGACGUCCCUUCUACCCCCAGCCAUCUCCAGCGCCGUCCUCCCAGACGCGUCCCCGCAGCGAGCCCCAUCUACAUCCCUGCUACCCCCAGCCAUCUCCAGCCCCAUCCUCCCACAUGCGUCCCCGCAGCGAGCCCCAUCUACGUCCCUUCUACCACCAGACGGGUCCCACCCUUUAGCAGUGAGGGGUCCAAUUACGUCACGGCACUUACACAGGAGCCACUGCCCAGAUUAGGCCGGCCAAGACAGCGGAGUAACCGGACCACAAUUAGUUAUCUCCAACCGGCAGGCCAGAACCAGGUGUCCUCCUCAUACACCCGCUUCCCCCCCAUCUGAAUACAUGUGGACACACACACACACACACAAACACACACACACACACACACACACACACACACACACACAGGCAACACAGAUGACAGGAUUGCCAGGUUCUGGUUCAGGCCAGACCUGUGUGCAUCCUGUCUUUAUAUAUGUUAGGGUUUUCUCCAGGUGCUCUGGUUUGCCCACUUUUAAAACAUCUUCAAAGUAAAAAAAACACUUGAACACACACACACACACACUGAUAUAUGAAUUAAUCGAUUAUAAGCAUUAUAUAAAUGACAAGAUUGCCAGGUUCUGGUGUAGGCCAGACCUGUGUGCAUCCUGUCUUCAUAUAUGUUAGGGUUUUCUCCAGGUGCUCUGGUUUCCUCCCGUGGAUUCACAAAAACCCCCAUAAAUAAUCGAUUCCCCUCCUAAUCAUUUCACCAUUAGUAAACAUUUGGAUCACAUUAAAAAAAAAAAUCGCAAUCAUAACGUUUUAUUUCUCUCUGUUUCUGUCAUUAACAAGAAAUGUACAUUGUAUGGUAGAGGUCUCCCCACUAUUUUUGAAUAAUAAAAAAAAGGAAAUAACUCCACCAUAAUCAUCCCUGUCUUUUUAAUCUUAAGGAUGCUCCAAGAUUCUGUUGUGAGAGUGAAUAUGACCCACAGUGCAUCAUGGAAAGUGACAAAGACAUUGCAGGAGUUACCACUGAGUGACAACAUUGAGUUUAAGUACUGAAAUAACGCCAUAUCAAAACUAAAAACUGAGACCUACUCAGCUCUUACUACCAGGGAAGGAGGCUGCUUUCCCGCGGGAAGUGUGCUGAAGAUUUCGUGGGAAAGACUGACUGGGUCAUGACGAUUUUUCCACUUAAGCUCUAAAUCUCCCGCUCUUUUUCUGGCACUCCCCGGAAAUGUACAUCAUAACUGUAUUAAAUCAUAAAAUUAAUAUGCUGUGUCAUCAGAGAGGGAAACGUGCUCUAUUGAAAUACAAGCUUCUUGAUAAAUUACUAUAGUCAGUAUAGACUAUAUUUAUAUAAUUCAGUUACUCAUUUUUCAAUCAAGAGUGUCCUUGAUUGAUAAAUCCAUGUUUCUGCAUUGUUCCUGUCCUUUUAUAUUUGUUCUUUCUAUAUUUUUACAGAGGGCUUUUUUCGAGAUCAUUCAGAGAGUAAAUUUAUACCACAUUUAUGUGUGGAUUUGUGCCACUACGAGUGCAAUAUUUAAGUGAUUAUAACAACUUUAAAAUGAUUCAGCUGGGGCGGUGUUUAGCUCAGUUGUGUGAAGGCUCAGUGUUUGCUGCGGAGGCCCAGGGUUCGUAUUUGACCUGCGGCUCUUUCCCGCAUGUCAUUCCCCAUCUC